AUGAUCGACGAAUUUGGAGCAAUGGUCAGUCAACCCUCUGCCUUUGGUGAGCCCUUGGGCCACUUCUCCUUCAAGCUGUUUGCAGACGAAGUUCCAAAGACAGCUCUGAGCACUGGAGAGAGAGGAUUUGGAUGAAAGAUUCCUCUUUUCUUUCACAGAAUUAUUCCAGGAUUCAUAUGCCAAGGUGGUGAUUUCACAUGCCAUAAUGGUACUGGUGGCAGGUCCCUCUACAAGGAGAAAUGUGAGAACGAGAACUUCAUCCUGAAGCAUACAGGUCCUGGCAUCUUGUCCAUGGCAAAGGCUGGACCAGACACAAACAAUUCCCAGUUUGUUUUAAUCUGCACUGCCAAGCCUGAGUGGCUGGAGGGCAAGCAUGUGGUCUUUGGGAAGGUGAAAAAAGACAUGAACAUCUUGACAGCCAUGAGGCAUUUUGGGUCCAAGAAUGGCAAAACCAGCAAGAGGAUCACCAUAGUCGACUGUGGACAACUCUAA